AGGAAAGUCCCUGUAGAAAGGAAAUAGGAGCCAGCUCUGAAAUCUAAAAUAAGGACUAAACAGCUUUUCAUUUGCCUUUCUACCCUUUGAGAUGCCAGAAGCAAUUUCCUCUUGAAGCUGACUUCCUUUCUGGAAGUGAUUUUCGUCUCCAACCAUGUUGAGGCUCUUUUCUCAUUCUUUCAUUCUGACUAACUUGCUUUUUUCCUGUCUGACUUUCUACUGCAGUUGGGAACUUCUGGAGUAAGAGCGACAGAUCUUGCUGCUCCCCCCACCUUUUCCUGCGACUUAAUCAUUUGCAGAUCUUGCCAUGGGGUGCGGACUGAGAAAGCUGGAAGACCCAGAUGAUAGCAGCCCUGGAAAAAUCUUCUCUACACUGAAAAGACCACAAGUUGAGACAAAGACGGAUUCUGCUUAUGAAUAUGUAUUGCUGGAUUUUUCUUUAGAAGCUUCCUCAAAUCCAGAAGUUAUCAAGAUCAGCUCUGUGUUGGAUAUAGCACCUCGGGUGGAAGAAUUUUACAGCAAAGGCUAUGUUGUAGGAGCUGUACAUCCCAUUAUGCUGCCAAUUGGACGGAGAAGGAAUUUCCCUGCAAGUCACAUGUAUCGAGUGGUACUCUCACGAUUAAAACUAAGCCAGAAGCACGCAGCACCCAGAGGACAAAGGCACCCCAGGCUGGUGAUUGAGGAAUGUCCUUUAACAUAUGAAACACUGACAAAUGAAGUAGUGAAAGAACUGCUAGAGAAGGUUAAUGAAGCUGCUAGAAGAGGAAAGAAGUUUGUGGGAUUUGUAACACAACAUUUUUCUCAGCCUAAAGCCUGUAAUGGAACAAGCACAGAUGGAGGUGCAGAGCUGGACUCAACACUGGGCAGAAGAAAUAGGGAACACAGAAGAGAAAAUUUUGAUGAAAGCUAUAAAAACUGGAAUGAAGGGACAUUGAGCGGUCACUCAUCUGAGAGUGGGAUGGAGGAGGAAAUGCAUGGAGAAAGCAGACUGUUAGAGGAUUCAGAUUUCCAGUUUGGAAAAGAAAUCAGCCAUUCUAAAUCACGAAGAGGAGAUGAUAAGCUCUAUACAGUCUUCAAUGUUUUUGAUGAUGAUUCUACCUGCUGGACCUACCAUGAAGGUGUUUUGUCUAUGAAAGUAACAAGAAAGGGGCCAGUUGUUAGUACACUGGAAGCAGACUGGCUAGAAUUAACUACAUUUUAUUAUAAACAAGGAUUGGCCUUAGUUGAUUCUUUUGUACACUGGGAAACUUCUAAAGGGGAUUAUUUGCCCAAAUCUUUAGAAGGACUAUUUAUCUAUGAAGAAGAAGGUGCUGGAGUUCCAGGUUCUAACAGGAAAGGAAAUGAUGCAAUAGUUGUUGAACAAUGGACAGUCAUUGAGGGAUGUGAAAUUAAAACAGAUUAUGGACCUUUACUGCACACGCUGGCUGAGUUUGGAUGGCUCCUGACCUGUGUCCUCCCUACACCAAUUGUACGACAUGACAGUGAAGGAAAUCUGGCCACAAAGCAAGUCAUUUUUCUUCAGAGACCUGUUAUGUGGAGUUCUGCUGUCCAGACACCAGAGAGGAAAUCAUUAAGACAAGUGACUGGGGAAGAAAAAGGCAGAGUGUCCAGCAGAAGUGUUGGAUCAGACACAGCUACUUCAUGCCCUGUAGAAACUGGGCAACCACCUGAUGAGUUUCACCUAUCUCCUUCUAAACAAUGUUGGAUCAAGGAGGGAUCCUCCCAUUAUGGAGGCUUUCCAGGAUUCAGUAGCAGUGAUGGAGUAUUAAGGGAACUGGAUGAUGGACAAUUUGACCAGGAAGAUGGAGUCACUCAGGUCACAUGUAUGUGAUAAGUAAGUAACUGCAUCAAAUGGACAUGUACAUAAAUCACACAAAUGGAUUUUUUAAAAAAAAAAUUACACUACUUUAAGUGCAUUGGUAUAAUCCUAUGACUCUUCCCAAAGUCCUUUUGUAUUUUUGUCAUUUUCCAUGUUGUGUUAAUCCUACUGUAGUAAUAAUACUACUGCAAAAUAAUUUGUUUUUCUGUCUGUCUUUAGUAGUAUAAUUACAUGACUUGGGUGCUCUGCUAACUUGUUAAUGCUUUUGACAAGCAAGGAAGCAAAAGCUGCAAAACAGUGACAGUUUGAAUUGUGUGAGAGAGAAAGGAAUGAGGAUGUUUAGAAUUUUCCACAAGCUGGAGGAAUGUUUUUGGGUUUGUUUGGUUGUUUUGUUGUUUGGGGUUUUUAAGGAUGUUGUAAAUAUUGGUGUGGAAAAAUGAACUGUCUGGCUGUUGUUAAGUUUUAAUGUAAUUUUCACUUUAUUUACCUUGUGUAAGUUCAAAAGCCUAGAGAAAUGUCAAGUCUUACACUAGACUGUUAAUAUUUUAAGCUGCAUUCAGACUUGGUAUUGACAGAAAAACUCAGGAGGCUGUAGGCAGGUAACUUGCUCCUAGAAUACAACUUCACCUAUGCAGUUUUCACAGGGUUCCUUGUACAUGUAAGCCAGGAGCUUAUAGCUUGUACUAUAAUGAUGUGUUCAUAAUCUUCUUAUGAGUGGAAAUUAAAAACUGCUCAUCUCCUGAAAGAUAACUUGCAGUCUGCAAACAAGUAGUUUGAGAAGUCCCCUAGGAAGCAUUGAGAGCAGUGUGCACAGUGAUGCUGCUAAUGCAUAGGAGGAGGAUGUAGACUAAACUUCAUAGGCAGUAUUAGAUGGAUGUAUAUAUAAAAAUGUCUCAGCUAAAUGUAUCUCACACUGGAUAAAGUGUAUUGAGCUGCAUUAAAUCCUAGACUUGAUGUUCAGAGGAAAGAAUCAAGUUGCUGUGCUUCCAUCCUUGCUAUGGGGAGGAGCUGCUUGCAUUAAGGGAGGUUAAUGCUGGCAAGGUUUUGUGGGGAGAGAAGCAAAUGGCAAUCGCUUUUAUGCUGCUGUCUGGAAACUGUUCUACAGAGAAGUCAAAUAAACAUGCAUCCACAGAAGGUAAA